AUGAAGUCUGCCCUUCUUGCCGCGGUUCUCUCUCUUUCAGGAGUCGCUGCUCAGCUCACAGGCCCCGUGGGUCCUACAACAGCCCUGAGUAAGAAAACAACAGAAUGCAACAUCCUGAAUUACGGAGGUAUCAGCGACAACUCCACAGAUGUGGCAGAUGCAAUUGAGAAUGCCUACAAGAGCUGCGUUCUCGUUCACGCUGGCAGCCGUCUCAUUGUCCCAGAGGGCAACUAUCUUAUCAAGCGAACAGCUAUCCUGUCCAAUGGUACCAAUUGGGCUUUCCAGCUCGACGGAUUGAUCACACUCGCUUAUGGUGGCAAUUGGACUGUCGAUCAUGAGUUGAUCCUACAGGGGUUCGCAGGGGUUGAGCAGCUGAACGCGACAAUCAACGGCGAAGGUGACGGCCUUUUCUUGCAGAAUGGAAUCACAAUUAUAAACGCCGUCGACUUUGAGUUUUACUCACAAAACGGAAAAGGUGCAAUUCAGGGUCAAGGGUACCUAUACAGGAACUCGGGGAACACGUUCCGUCCUCGACUCGUCCGCUUGAUUUCCCCUAUUAACACAUCAGUCCAUGAUCUUAUCCUCGUGGACAGUCCCAAAUUUCACAUUGUCUUCGACUUUGCUGUCAACCUUGAAGCCUAUCACUUGACAAUUCGAGGAGCGAACCUUGGUUCCUACGACGGGGUUGAUGUUGUGGGAACAAACUACUGGAUCCACGAUAUUGAGCAUGCUCGCAACAUAAGCAUCAUCCAAGGCAACAACAUUGCUUUCAUCAAGACUUAUCCUGGAGGGUCGGGUUAUGUUACGAACAUUACCUUUGAGAACUUCCGUUCCAAGGCAUCCUUGUACGGACUCGACAUCAAUCAGUACUGGCAAAACACUUUUGAGCCGGACACUGGAGCGGUUGCGCUUAGCAACUUGAUUUUCAAGAACUUUUCUGGAUCCGUUGCUGAUGGCGCCAAACGCCCUCCCUUGUACUUGAUCGCCAACGACUUAACGUACGCCACAAACGUAACUGUCGAAGGGUUCAGCCUCUGGACGGAGUCUGGCACAUAUGUUGUGAACAAGAUCAGCAACAUCUUUGGCAACAGCGACAACUCGUACGGGCACCUACACAAUCUCGACGACGCCCACUGGUUGGGCAAUUCCUCCGUCGCCAACGUGGGCAGCGGCAAGCACGGGAUAUGGGAGUAA